CUGCCGCCCCGGGCGCGGGCGCGCGCGCAUGGGGAGGGGCAGGGUGCACGGGGUCCAGCCCGCAGCCGCCGCAGCCCCCGGGCACACCUGUCAGGCCCGGAGCGCCCCUCUCCCACACGCGCGCGGCCCACGUAGCUCCGGACACCAGCCGCCCAGGCUGCCGAGUUCUCCUACUCUGAGCCGCUGAAGGCCUGGGUGGCCGCGUGGGUGGCCGUGGUCGUGGCAGGUGCCUGUGUGCGCGGUGUAUCUCCGGCGGACAUGCUACUGCUCAAGAAGCAGACGGCGGACAUCAGCAGUGUCUACGAGCUCCGGGAGAAGCUCGGCUCGGGUGCCUUUUCCGAGGUGGUGCUGGCCCAGGAGCGGGGCUCUGCACACCUCGUGGCCCUCAAGUGCAUCCCCAAGAAUGCCCUCCGGGGCAAGGAAGCCCUGGUGGAGAAUGAGAUCGCCGUGCUCCGCAGGGUCAACCACCCCAACAUCGUGGCCCUGGAGGACGUCCACGAGAGCCCCUCCCACCUCUACCUGGCCAUGGAGCUGGUGACAGGGGGUGAGCUGUUUGACCGCAUCAUGGAGCGCGGCUCCUACACGGAGAAGGACGCCAGCCACCUGGUGGCUCAGGUCCUCGGCGCCGUCUCCUACCUGCACAGCCUGGGCAUCGUGCACCGCGACCUCAAGCCUGAAAACCUGCUCUAUGCCACACCCUUUGAGGAUUCCAAGAUCAUGGUCUCCGACUUUGGGCUCUCCAAAAUCCAGGCUGGCAACAUGCUGGGCACCGCCUGCGGGACCCCAGGCUAUGUGGCCCCGGAGCUCUUGGAGCAGAAACCCUACGGGAAGGCAGUAGACGUGUGGGCCCUGGGUGUCAUCUCCUACAUCCUGCUGUGUGGCUACCCCCCCUUCUACGACGAGAGCGAUCCUGAGCUCUUCAGCCAGAUCCUGCGGGCCAGCUACGAGUUUGACUCGCCCUUUUGGGAUGACAUCUCUGAAUCCGCUAAAGACUUCAUCCGGCACCUUCUGGAGCGUGACCCCCAGAAGCGGUUCACCUGCCAACAGGCCUUGCAGCAUCUUUGGAUCUCUGGGGACGCAGCUUCCGACAGGGACAUCCUGGGCUCUGUGAGUGAGCAGAUCCAGAAGAAUUUUGCGCGAACCCACUGGAAGGAUCCAACUCUCUGCUGUGGCUGGGAAAGCUGUAGAAGAUGGCCCAAGUGCAUGGGCCCCUGCACCCACGUGGGAGACCCAGAGGAAGCUCCUGGCUCCUGGCUUCGGAUCAGCGCAGCUCCAGCCAUUGAGCCCAUCUGGGGAGUGAACCAGCGGAUGGAAGAUCUUUCUCUCUGUUUCUCUCUGUAAUUCUACCUCUUAAAUAAAUAAAUAAAAUCUUUAAACAUGUUUUAUGAACUAGGCUAUGGUCUAUCCUGGAGAAUGUUCUAUAUGCAUUUGAAAAUAAUGUGUAUUCUGCCUUUGUGGAGUGGUGUGCUCUACCGGUAUCAAAUUCAUUCACGAUGUUCAGAUUUUCUAUAUCCUUGCUGAUGUUCUGUCUAGAUCUACCAGUUAUGGAAAGUGGGGAUGGGCCAGCGCUGUGGCAUAGCGGGUAAAGCUGCCGCCUGCAGUGUCGACACCCAUAUGGGCACUGGUUCUAGUCCCGGCUUCUCCACUUCUGAUCCAGCUCCCUGCUGUGGCCUGGGAAAGCAGUGGGAGAUGGCUCAAGUGCUUGGAGCCCAGUCCUGAAUGGGAGAUCAGGAAGAAGCUCCCGGCUCCUGGCUCCGGGUGGGCACAGCUCUGGCUGUUGUGGCCAUCUGGGGAGUGAACCAGCAGAUGCAAGACCUCUCUCUCUGGCUCUACCUCUUUCUGUAACUCUGUCUUUCAAAUAAAUAAAGAAAAAACUUAAAAAAUGAAAGAAAGUAGGGCAUCAAAAUCUCCAACUGUUGUAGUUGAGUUUUCUCUUUAUCCGCUCAGUGUUGUCAGUUUUGGUUUCAUAUGUUUUGGGGCUGUGCCGUUAGAUGUAUGUAUGUUGAUAAUUGUCAUGUCUUCCUGAUGAGUUGAGCCUUUUAUCAUUAGGAAACAUUCCCUUUUUCUAAUAAUAUUUUUAUCGUAGAGUCUAUUUUAUUUGACAUUAUUAUAGGCACUCCAGCCCACUGUUACUUCCUGUUUGCAUGGUAUAGCUUUCUCUCUCAAGAUUUUUUAAAAUUUAUUUGAAAGGCAGAGUUACAGAUAGACAGAGAAAGGGGUCUUCCAUCCACUGGUUCACUCCCCAAAUGGCUGCAAUGGCCAGGGCUGGGCCAGGCAGAAGCCAGGAGCCAGGAGCUUCUUCUGGGUCUCCCACGUGGGUGCAGGGGCCCAAGGACUUGGGCCAUCCUCUACUGACUUCCCAGGGCAUAGCAGAGAGCUGGAUUGGAAGUGGAGCAGCCGGGACAUGAAACCAGCGCCCAUAUGCAUAGGAUGCUGGUACCGCAGACAGCAGCUUAACCCACUAUGCCAACAGCUCUGGUCUCCCUUUUUCUGUCUUUACUUUCGACCUAUUUGCAUCUAUAAUUUGUCUCUAGUAAAGAAUGUAUGGUUAGUCAAAUGUCUCUUAUAAAGAAUGUAUGGCUACUUAAAUGUCGCUUUUUUUAAUCUCUGGUUUUUGAUUGGGGUUUUAAACCAUUCACAUUUUUAAAAAAGAUUUACUUGUUUAAAGGGCAGAGUUACACAGUAAGAGAGAGCUCUUUCAUUGGCUGGUUCACUCCCCAGAUGGUUGCAGUGGCCCCGGCUGGGCUGGGCUGAGCUGAAGCCAGAAGCCUGGAACUCCAUCCAGGUCUCCCACGUGGGUGCAGGGGCCCAAGCACUUGGGCCAUCUUCUACUGCUUUCCCAGGCCACAGCAGAGAGCUGGAUUGGAAGUGGAGCAGCCUGGAGUUACAUCAGCGCCCAUAUGGGGUGCAGGUGCUGCAGAGAGCAGGUUAAAGUCAUGAUGUGUACGACUGGAUUUACAUUUGCCAUUUUGCUAGUUGUUUUCUGUAUGUCUCCUGUCUUUUUUAUUCUCACUUUAAAAAAUUGAUUAAUUGAUUUUCAUUAUAUUUGAAAGGCAGAGAGACAGAGAUUUUUCCCCCCACUGAUUCACUUCCCAAAUGCCCACAACAACCAGUGCGUGGCCAGGCCAAAGCCAGGAGCCAGGAACUCCUUCUGGGGCUCACACGUGGGUGGCAGGGAUCCAAGUGCUGGAGCCAUCGCCUGCUGCCUGCCAGGGUGCGAAUAAGCAGGAAUCUGGACUGGAAGUGGAGUAGCCAGGACUGUAAGGAGGCACUCUGAUAAGGAACCCCUGGACCCAGUGCUUCGCACCUCUUCCCUUCUUUCUUUCUUGUUAGUGUGUUGUUCUAUUUCCCCUGUGUAUUUUGGAGUUAUUUUCUGAGAGGUUUCUUUAGCAAUCACAACAUGAAUCUUGACUCGUCACAGCCCACUCAGAUUCACGUUUACUUAAUUUUGGUAAAAUAGACUGUGCUACAAUUUGUCACCAUUCUUUUCUCUCUCAUUUGCUCGCUUGCUCAACAAUUUAUUUUAUUUAUUUGAAAAUCAGAGUUACAGAGAGAGAAUCUUCCAUCCACUGGUUUACUCUCCAAAUGACCACAAUGGCCAGGGCUGGGCCAGGUUGAAGCCAGGAGCCAGGAGCUACUUCUGGAUCUCCCACGUGGGUGCAGGGACCCAAGCACUUGGGGCAUCUUCUACUGCUUCCCCAGGCCAUAGCAGGGAGCUGGAUCAGAAGUGGAGCAGCCAGGACUCGAACCGGCGCCCAUAUAGGAUGCCGCACUGCAGGCGGCAGCUUUACCCGCUACGACACAGCGCCGGCCCUCAAAGUUUCUUCUGGCAUCCUGGACUUGCUCCUGAACAUUUCAUCACGUUCCGCAUCUGGGAACACUGAGCACAAUCCCCAGCCGCUGUUUUCCCGAGCGUCCAUCGCCUCGCGCUGUUUCUCUGCCGGUCUCGUGAUCUGGGAUUGCUGUUGAAACGCUGUUGGUGUGCGUGGCGUGAUUUUAUUUCCCGCGUGGCACCUGUUCCGCAGCAGUUGCUGUUUCAAAUGCUGAGGCUGGCUUCUUUGGAGCGGCCUCUGUGUCUUCCGCUUAUGGCUCUGUGUGUGGCGGGGGCGCUCUCGCUCUUGCCUGGACCACUGCCCCAGCAGGCGCUGUGAGUGUGAGUCCAGGGCGGUCGACCCUCGGUGCCCGGCUGCCUCGCUGCCGCCGCCACGCGUCUGGCGACGGGUAUUGCCCAUCGCUGCAGAGUGAGUGGGCUGCUUCAAGCCAAGGCUGAUUUUCACGUCAACAAAGAUGGUUUGGGUCAGUUUUGUGCAGCUGAACUGCUGCCUUCUUGGGGGAGAACGUUUGCCAAGGUCCUCAUGUGCCCACAGCCGGAAGCCGUGCCGUUUGGCGCUUGUUUUGUUCUACCUUUGCAAUGGAGCGCUUCGAGACAGAUCGCCCAUCUUGUCUUUAAAUGAAAGUAAUUUUUUUAACAACAUAUUUAUUUAUUUGAAAGGCAGAGUUAAACACACACACACACACACACACACACACACGCAGAUCUUACAUUCGCUGGUUCACUCCCCAAAUGCCCCCACAACAGCCUGGAGCCAGGAGCCAGGAGCCAGGAGCCAGGAGCUUCAUCCGGGUCCCAGCCCCUCCCCCCUCCCCGCCCCACACAGGAAAGGGAGACGCCAUGCUCUGCCCCUCCUGCCCCACUUCGGGGUGGGGGGGAAGCACUUGUUGGAGCCUGGCCGCGCCCCCUCCCCCACCCUCACCGAAGGCCUGAGCACAGUGGCUCCUUUUGCCUAGGACAUGGUGCCCGGACUGGGGGAGAGAGAGGCGGCAGCGGGAACAGGGUCACUCAGGAAGCAAAGUGGUGCAAGUGGGCACACGGUGCUGGUGCGGAGGUCAGGGCCACAUGUGCACUUGGCUUUCUUGCUGGCAGGGUGCAGAGGUAGCCCAGGACAUCACAUGGCAAGGGACCUGUGUGUAUCCUGGUCUCUGUCCCUCUUGUGAAGCCAGUCUGAGCCCCCACCUCAAAACACCACGGAGUAACUUUCUACCCUCUUAAUAGCUCACAUGGGGAUGAAAGUCCAGAGCGAGUUUUGAAAGAACAAACCACAUUCAACCCCCAGCAAGACUCCAGUUCUCUCAUUGUCUUUCAUGCAUAAGGUGGUGCCCCUUCCAUAAUUUCUUCUUCUAAAAAUCCAAGUACAUAUUUAUAUGAUCUCUCUCUCUCUCUCUCUCUCCUGCUUUCUGUGUAAGUUCUUUAACACUACCUUCCUGUUCACUAUUUCUCUCUUCAGCUGUGUUUAAUACCCUGUUUAAGCCACAUCUUGAAAUUAUUUUAAUUGGUCUAUUUUUGUUUUCUAAAAGUCAUAUGUGGUCCAUGAUCAAGAAUGCCUAGUUGUUUGAUAGCCUCUUUUUCUCUUCUAACAUUUUAAUAUAUCUUUUACUUUUCUUUAACU